AGCCGUCCUCCCAUGGGCUUAUCUGCUGGGGCCACCGUAUUUCUCCCCAGUCUUCAGUAUGUUCACACCAUGGGCCACACCUUAGGAAACCCUUAUUUUUUCUGUUGCAACUGCCAAAAGGCAUAGUUGGUUACUUUUGCAAAAAAUAGUAGGAUUCUACUGAAACUAGGGGACUUGACUGCUUAUAACAGAUUUCUAAGCUCCCCACUCAUAUUACUGCCUGUGUUCUUGUGGUUCCUUGAGAUUAUGCCCCUCCUGGAGUUUUUGGAGCAUUCAAUCAAUUCCUUCAGUGUCACCAAAAUUUCCCUGGGAAGCCUGCAGCUGGAUUUGAGCUGGAUGCCCUGGACUGUGAUGACAAAGAUGCAUUUUCAAGAUGCCUUGCUGCCUUGCUGCCUCAUCCUUGUUUUGCUACAACCACUACUCAGCAGCAAAUGCAGAUAUGGAAAAGCUGAUUUUUGCAUCUUUGUGCCUAAUGACACCAUUCUGGCCAUUGUGGGGAAAGACACAGAGUUACCCUGUCACCUGGAUCCCAAUAUCAGUGUUGAGGACAUGGAGUUGAGAUGGUACAGGGCCCACCCCUCUCCCGCCGUGUACGUGUAUGAAAAGGGGAAAGAUAUGUAUCAAGAGCAGAUGAAAGAGUACCAGGGAAGAACAACUUUUUUGAGAGACGGCAUUGACAAGGGCAUAGCAGCAGUGAGGAUAAACAAUGUCACCACUUUUGAUAAUGGAACAUACCACUGCCGUUUCAAAGACGGUAACGCUUCUACAGAAGCCACUCUGUGGCUGACGGUGGCAGGAGUGGGUGAAAAGCCCAGAAUCAGUUUGAGAGAUCACAAGGACAAUGGCCUCCAGGCAGAGUGCACCUCAGCUGGCUGGUUCCCUGAGCCCAAGGUGCAGUGGAUGGAUUUCAGGGGAAAUUCAAUACCUUCUGAGACCAAUAUCUCAGCAUCAGCUACCAGUGGGCUCUUCACUGUGGCAUCCGGUGUGACUGUCAGGGACAGGGCUGUGGGGGCCCUAAGUUGCUCCAUUGCCAGCCCCCUCCACCCUGAGAGGAAGACGGCUAGGAUUCACCUACCAGAUUCCUCCUCCAGCAGGUUGCCAGUUGCAGCUUGGAGUAUAGUAUUGCCUCUGAUCCCUGUUGCACUGGGAGUUAUAGCUGCAGCCAUCUGUGUCUUCUGGAGACAGCAGCAGGACUAAAAUUGAAGACUGCGGGAAGAACAGAGAGCAGAUCAGACAACGAGCCAGCAGUGCCUGGGAGCAGCCAUCCAACAGUGCACAGGGAGAGCCAACGGGAUGCGGGGACACUCAGGCACUGAGCCCAUCAGAGCAGAGACCCUGUGCUAGGGCAGCCUUGGUGUGUUCUUAAAUACAGUAACAAUUGAAGGAUGUGGGAAAGCUGCAUUCUAGAAAUUGUGAAAUCAUGUAUCCACUGAAAAUGCUGUAUGU